GAACUUGAGCUUUUACGGGCUCUCGGCUACGGUUCUUUCAGUAACGUCUGGCUCGCCCGCUUACCAAAUUCAACCACCUCUCACGAAUACGGAAGGAAUGCUUCUUGGAUGGUAAAUACCCCUCGUACCGACAGACAUGGUGUCAGUGCCGAUAAAGAAACCUCUUCAGCAUUAAAUGCACCGUUAUCGGAUAUUCAUCGUCCACCCUCAUUCCAGGAUACAUCGCCCACGGCGUCUGCCGCUGGCCGGCUCGUCGCGGUCAAAAUGACUGCUUUCAAAUCUGGUUCGCGUCCUAUCCACACUGAGUUUGAGCACGAGGUUCGCGUGCUUCGUCACAUCGCCUCGUAUAAGGACGCCCAUCCAUCCCUCCCUGCCCUUCUCCGCGUGCUCUCGGUCUCUACGCUCAUUCCCACUCUAUACUCCUCCACAGCUGUGCCUAGCGCACAUGCUCUACUUCUCCCCUUCACACCUGGCGGUGAUCUCCUCGAGUUAGUCAACUCGGAUACACGACACGGGCUGCUAACCGACGCGCUUAUGCGCUCGCUCUGGACAGAGCUCGCCGGUGCUGUCGCCUGGCUGCAUCGGAAAGGAGUCGUCCAUCGAGAUGUCAAGCUGGAGAACAUUCUCCUGACCAGCACUCCGUUCCCUCCUCCCCCUGGUUCAGCACUGCCGAAAGGUCCUCUCAUCAACCUAACAGACUUUGGGCUAGCCAGGGUUGUAUACGAAACAAAGGCCGAUGCUAAAAAGGAUGAAAAGAAAACGGAAGAAAACCUUUUCAUGCUUACCACGCGAUGUGGAUCUGAAUCUUAUCUCGCCCCUGAGCUUGUAAUCGCAGCCACGCCUUCGUCGUCCCUGUCAUCCCAUCAAAUCUCUUCAUCUCACUCCCUUUCUGCGCACGAUACCUCUUCUCCUUCAUUUUACGACCAUCUGCGUCAGCUUGAAGAUAUCUUCAGUUCAUCUGAUUCCUCCUCCUCGUCGCAUUCAGAUUCGUCUCCCCGUAAAGAUUACAGCGUCCCAUAUGAUGCGCGUAAAACCGACGCUUGGGCCUGUGGUGUCGUGCUGUAUGCGCUGAUGACGCGGGAGCUGCCCUUUGGCGAAGAAAUAGAACAGGUGGAGUCAAAUAUCGCCUAUGACGGACAUGAAGACGUCUUCAAUCGUAAAAGGGGAAGAGGUGGCAGGAAGGAGAAGAGACAGGCGUGGCUCGGGAAGAUCGCUCGAGCUGAUUGGGCAUGGCCAACCGGUGAUAGCAUCCAGGGAUCGAACGUCGCUCGUCUCGUGGAAAGCCCUUGGGCACGGGAUAUCGUGGAACGUCUUAUGGUCAGAGAACCAUCGAAGAGAGCCGCUAUCGGUGAUUGUUUAUAACACUGGCGCUACGAUAUCAGCCUCGCCAUCCUCGAUCUCGCGUCUUCAUCAUCUUGUUUUGUCAAUGAAGGUUUCUACCACUUUUCCAUUUUCUUUUCAGCGCGUCUUUGUCAAGAGUCUGAAGUGUUCGGUCCAAGAUUAUAACUUAUUUUCGUGCCGCCUAUACAUAACUAAAUAUCACAGUGUUUGAAUUGUCGCCACCUUUAUAAUCUUAUUUUCUAGCCUUGUCGCGAUCAAUUUUUUUGUAUUCCGUUUCAAUGUGGUUUUAAUGGUCACCCCAUGUUCUUGUUUGCCUCGUUUCUUGUCCUAUGUUUCCCCACCACUCACUUCUCAUUCUUUGUCUUGAAUAGCAUUCCGCUCUUGUAGACUUUUAUGAUGUCUAACACGUGUUUAUCUGUCGCCUGAUUGUCUGCCUAUACUUUUACUAAACAUAUCGUUGUUUGUUCGAGCUUCAAGUUUUAGCUCCUAAAUUUUUCGUAGUAAUGAUUCGAAUUAGCAGUAUCAUAAUUCCUAAUACCCACAUCCCCCGGUCCUCUUCCUUCCCAUUCAUAGAUCUUACAUUUUGUUAGAUUUUGAUUUUUGAUUUUUGAUUUUUUUUUUGCAUUUUUGGUUACUCCUGUUUCUCGAGUUCGGUUUAAUCGAUCGUUGAUGUGUUCGCCAUUUUUCAGGUCCUUUCUAUUGCAAGUUCUCCGAGUCCGAGUCUUUGGUAUAUUCUGACUGCAGGUCGAGUGACCAAUCAGACCAAAUAUCGCCAAAGCGCGUCAUUUUCGUUAUCGUCAGCCCUUCGAGCUUCAAGUUUCAAGUUUCAAAGGUCGACUAUGGAUGUAUAAGAUAUCCAGAAUAAGCGGUUAGACGGUAGAGGUGACAGCUUGCCAUCGUACGUUCUGGCCAGUCGUCGCACCCCACUUACGACCUCGGGGAUGGUUAUUACGGCAUAAGAGCAUGUUCACACCUUGGACGCGUCUGGCCGGAGAUUCUCGGAUUCGUAGGAGGAUAUCGAUCCCGGAGCCGUCGAAUGGUCCUGGGUUUUCGACUGUCUUGUCUUUGUUGUUGUGAGAUGUCGGAGAUGAUGAAUGGCCACGAAACGUGCGAGAGACCACGUCAUAUUUUGGAUGUAAACCUCGUGGAAUUUUUUACAACAAGGAGUCUACUGUACGAAUACGGUACGCAGAGGAGGGUGCGCUUCAUCCCAGUCAAGUUGUCCGUUUCGAGCCCAAUCGGGUAACGUCAUUGUGUCUGGCUGUGCACUGACGCGCGCAUAAGAAAUAUGACACGGUAUCUUGAAACGGGAUGAUGAUGCGACGUGGCCAUCGAAGAUGUAUCAACGUUGCGGUGGACUUGACCUCACUCUGCGACGGCAGUCGUUGGGAACAUCCCAGGUAGCUUGUGUCCUGGGCGUAG